AUGCUACCGCCUGUGGAGGAAUCCGUGUUGAAGAGCAACCCUGAGUUUGCGGCUCUCCACAGCACACUCACGACGGCUAUUUUGAAUUCAGAUGGGACAACCAAGGAUGACCAGAGCAGAGCGGCCAGGGAAAGAGAGGCAGAACUUGAUGUCUAUCGGUUGAAAUCAGCCAAGCAACAUCUGCUGGCUCAAGCCAUCUCGUCCGCAGCGCCUCCUGAGCCAAGAACAACAACAACAGCUAGGAGGGGUAAGCCCUCAUCAACGUCCCUGCCAGAGCCGUUGCUGGACCUCUUGUUGCUCCUGCCGCCACUGCUCACCAAUGCCGAGCAGCUCUCCCAGGAGAGUCUUUCAUUGUUGCUAUCCAGUCCACCGUUCUCGUCACUCGACGAUCUGCUGCCUGAGCUAGCAAGCCUCGUCUCCAGCAACCUGCAGUCCUCCGCCGUUCAGCUCGCCCGCGCAGCAAAUUCAAACACGAACGCCUCCUUUCUCCACCGGCACAUCUCCUCCGUCCCGAAGCACAUCAGCACCCUCUCGUCCGCCGCAAGCCAACAGUUCGCCAGCCUAGCCAAGGCCCGCCUGGCAGCCGCCAACUCCCUGAUCACACUCCUAGACAGACACGCGCAGGCACUGACCAGCCUCAUCCGCUCCCUCGAGGCCAAGCACGGCGGCGUUGCCCGGUCACUGGAGCUUCGCGCCGCCGAGGUGGCCCUGGAGGCGCAGCGCGGUGAGAUGGCCGUCGAGACGGUGCUAUGGAAUGUGCGCAGGGAUGUGUACACGCCUGAGGUGCGCGAUGCGCUGCGGAAUUAUGCAGAUCAUGUCCGGGAUGGGCAGCGACGGCUGCGGGAGGCAGCCAGGGCGGCGGAGGCGGAGCUGGGGGAGUAUGGCGUUCAGCUUGACGACGAGGAGGGCGGUGAUCCGGUCAGGGAGAGGAGAUUUAGAGAGAUUGCGAGGGCGCAUCGAGACGUGAGGAGGCAGAUCGAUGAGGCUAAGAGGGAUUUGUCACGCCUUCGCUGA